GUCACAACUACAGACGGAGAGGUCAGUCCCAGAGCUUUACCACUGCAACACAACGCCAACCAGCUUACAAAAUGAGCAACCACUCUCUUCAAGUGCAUGUGGAAAACUGGAUUAAAGAAAACCAAGAUGCUUUCCUGCCACCAGUGUGCAACAAGCUCAUGCACUUUUCCCAGCUGCUUAUCAUGUUUGUUGGAGGUCCUAAUACCAGGAAGGAUUAUCAUAUAGAGGAGGGAGAGGAGUUGUUCUACCAGCUGAAGGGGGACAUGUGUUUGAAAGUGAUUGAAAAUGGCAAACACAAGGACGUGCACAUCAGAGAGGGAGAGAUGUUUCUGCUGCCAGCUCGGAUCCCUCACUCUCCCCAGAGACAGGCCGACACUGUAGGACUGGUGGUGGAGAGAAGACGUCUGCUGACAGAGACCGACUGUUUGAGGUACUAUGUGGACAACACAACUGACACCCUGUUUGAGAAAUGGUUCUCCUGCCAGGAUCUAGGAACUCAACUAGUGCCAAUAAUCAAAGAGUUCAUGGCGUCUAAGCAGUACGAAACAGGAAAACCUGAUCCAAAUGAAGUCUUCAGAGAGCCUCCGUUCCAGUUUAACACCAUGAACGUGAUGUCACCCUUCUCCUUCAAAGACUGGCUGGAAAAACACAAGCCGUCCCUGGGCAACGGCAAGUCCAUCGACAUGUUCGGAGCUCAGUUUGAAACAGAGGCAACAGUGUUUGGACCUGGGCUGACAGAGACGUCAGUGCGACAAAGUGAUCUGUGGAUUUGGCAGCUGGAGGGAUCCUCCAAAGUGACUGUAAAUGAGCAGGAGUUCACCCUUUGUGCAGGAGACAGUCUACUAGUUCCUGAACAGAGCCAAUACCAGUGGCAGAGAGAUGAGGGGACUGUUGCCUUGUGUGUGGUCCAAAACCCAGAGCGGAAGAGACCCUAACCAUCUACUGCUAAUUCACACAAAUACAGUAUAUUUACCUGUGAGGAUGUAAGUCAUGUAAACUCCUGUGCUUCACAUACAGCUCUACUGGUCAAUGAACACUACGAUGUAUAUUAUUGUCACAUGUGGUGCAAACUGUGCACUCACUGAAGUUUUGUUAAUUGCUAAUGAAAGUGAGCGUUGACCCAUUUCAGCACAAGAAACUGCUGAAAUUGAAACUGCACUCUGUCAUUUUGCCACUGCUUGUACGUUUAUAUUAGUGUUGAGAGAAAACAAAUAAAGAAAUAUUCUGAGAAAUAGAAA